AAGAUGAUCUGGUGUCAAGUAAUAACAGCGAUCAUUCUAAUGGCGAUGGUUCGCGGCUACAACUACUGCAACAACAGGACCCAUAAGUGUGUCCUAGACGAUAAAGAACACUUCAUGUGCCGACUUCAUAGCUUUCAUCCCCUGGGCGGCAGUACCAAGUAUCACGCCAUCGUUCCGGACCUUCCGGAAAUGCAAAAUGAAAUACUGAGUAUACUCAACAAAUUCCGUAACGCGUUCGCGUCCGGGGAUUUCACCACGAAGGACAACAAGACAUUUGCGAGUGCUAAGCGGAUGCGGAAGAUCAUGUGGGACAAGGAACUGGCCUACAUGGCUCGCACCCAUGCGUCCACCGUGUCCUUCCAGCACUCCGAGUGCCGGUCCACGCUGCGAUUCCCCUAUGUGGGUGAGUGCUUGGCCAUGAUGACCCCCAAGAAAAAGCCCAGGAUCCGCGAUAGUUUUAAAAAGAUGUUUAAAAUGAUGUUCGAGGAGUAUCUGGAAGUCGAGGAUCCGGAUGGCCUGCUCAAGGGCUUCGACCCCAUCAGAGACUACAAAUGGGCACAUUUCACUAACAUCAUCAGCGAUCGAGUAUCGCGCGUGGGAUGUGGUCUUGCCGUGGGUUCCAACUGCCACCAAGGGUCAUCCGUAAACUACUGCCACUUUCUGACCUGCCACUUCGACUUCGUCAACUUGAACGGUUCGUAUGUCUAUAAAGCUGGAGAACCGGCCAGUGCCUGCGAUGACUGGAACACGACGGGCAGCACUCAGUAUGCCAAUCUCUGCAGAAACAAAGGCUUCAUUUUCCCCCCCAAUCAAGGCGACAUACCUACGUGAAAUUCUUUUGUGAUAUAUUCGUACAUUUAUAUUUAUUCUUCCAAGAAUCAAUUCGAAUAACAAGUAUAAAAAAACGUCAAUUGUAAAUGGAUCAGAAGUGCACUGACUUUUACAUCAGAACAGAC